CCCGCCCCCCCUCGCAAACUGCUGCUUCACCGCAGCGAGAUUAGGGAGCUAUCGCAGCAGGUGUCGGCUAAAGGUCUGACCCUAGUACCGCUGCGUCUCUACUUGACCCGUGGACUUGCGAAGGUCGAACUCGGUCUAGCCCGGGGAAAACGCCGGCACGAUAAGCGAAGGACAAUAAUCGACCGCGAACGGAAAAGAGAAGCCGAGCGAGCGAUUAAGAGGAGAUUGUAA